UAAAAAAAAUGGGCUAAGCAAAAAACGGUCCCCGCGUCGCGCGCUGAGGAAAUCCUUUCAUGAAAGGUUUCUUGUUCAGCCACACAUCUCUCUACGUGGGGCAUCAUCAUCAUCGCCUUUGGUUUUUUUUUGAACCAGCCCUCCGUACGGUUAUCAACUAACGGCUAUAAAAGACCUGCCUCCACCACAAUUACCCCAUUUUUACGACUUGUAGGAGGCAUUAAAAAGAAACCAUGUGCGGAAUCUUUGCGUACUUGAACUACCUUGUGGAACGGGACCGAAAGUUCAUCCUCGAGACAUUGUUGACGGGUUUGUCGCGAUUGGAGUACCGAGGAUACGAUUCCGCAGGUCUUGCCGUUGAUGGGGACAAUGAAGAUGAAACAUUCAUCUUUAGGCAGGUAGGUAAGGUCGCCGCCCUGCGCGAGAAGAUUGACGCCGAGAAGGGACUCGACGUGGAGCGGACGUUCGUUUCUCACGGCGGAAUGGCGCACACUCGUUGGGCUACUCACGGCAUUCCCUCUGUUCGCAACUGUCAUCCACACCGUUCCGACCCGAAAAACGAGUUCACCGUUGUUCACAAUGGAAUUAUCACAAAUUACAAAGAGCUCCGUACUAUCUUGGAGAAGUUUGGCUUCGAAUUUGAGUCGGACACUGAUACAGAGGCUGUUGCCAAACUUUGCAAAUACAUUUACGAUACACAAAAGACCACUAUGGGAUCCACCUUGACUUUUACCGGAUUGGUCAAGGCAGUGUGCAAAGAACUGGACGGCGCCUUUGCAUUGAUCUUUAAGAGUGCCCAUUUCCCUGGUGAAUUGGUGGCUGCUCGUCGUGGAUCUCCUCUGUUGAUUGGUGUCAAGACCGCAAAGAAAUUGAAGGUAGACUUUGUGGAUGUAGACGUCGAGGUGCCACAAGAAGAUGAGAAGAACUUGAUGCUCCCCGACCAACCAAAGAUUCGCCGUACCCAAUCUCGCAGUUUCUUUGGUGAGGAAGGUGUACCAAUGCCAGUAGAGUACAUCCUUGCAUCCGAUGCGUCUGCUAUCAUCGAACACACCAAAAAGGUCUUGUACCUGGAGGACGACGAUAUUGCCCACAUCAGCGAUGGAGACUUGCACAUCCACCGCCUCCGCAGAGAUGACCGCAUGUCAUCAGUCCGUCCUAUUCAGACUUUGGAACAGGAGCUGGCCCAGAUUCAGAAGGGUGCUUUCUCUCACUUUAUGCUCAAGGAGAUCUUUGAGCAAUCUGAGUCGGUGGUUAACACCAUGCGUGGACGCAUCAACUUUGACGACAGAACAGUCAUUUUGGGAGGAUUGCGCUCUCAGCUUGCCAACAUCCGCCGAUCUCGUCGCUUAAUCUUCAUUGCUUGCGGUACCAGUUACCACAGCUGCGUGGCUACUAGGUCGCUGUUUGCCGAGUUGACUGAAUUGCCAGUGUCAGUGGAGUUGGCAUCGACCUUUUUGGAUGAGCAGAUGCCUGUGUUCCGUGAUGAUUGCUGCAUAUACGUCUCGCAGAGUGGUGAGACUAAGGAUACCCUUCUUGCAUUGCAAUACUGCAAAGACCGUGGUGCCCUUUGCUUGGGUGUUACCAACACGGUUGGAUCUACUAUUUCCCGGGAAACUCACUGUGGUGUCCAUAUCAAUGCUGGUCCGGAGAUUAGUGUCGCCAGUACAAAGGCGUACACCUCGCAAUAUAUCGCUUUGACUAUGAUCGCCCUUCAGCUGUCUGAUGACAACUACGCCAAACUCCCCAGACGUCAUGAGCUGAUUGACGGCCUGUUCAACCUCUCUGCAGACAUCAAGAAGACGUUGGCCUUGGAACCUGAACUUCGAAAGAUGGCGCAAGAACAGUUUGGUUCAGCUCAAAACCUGAUUUUGAUUGGACGUGGAUACCAAACGGCAACAGUCCUGGAAGGCGCUUUAAAGAUUAAGGAAGUCUCGUACAUUCACGCUGAGGGUAUUAAUGCUGGGGAACUCAAGCACGGACCCCUUGCCCUCAUUGACGACAAAAUGCCCAUUAUUUUGGUGAUGCCAAAGGACCGUCACUACUCGGACUCUGAGAAUGCACUGAAACAGGUUACGGCGCGCUACGGUGCACCCAUUGUCAUCUGCAAUGACGACGAUAACACGCCACUUUUCAACAAUCUCAAAACCAUUCGUGUUCCUCGCACUGUUGAUGCUCUUCAGGCGAUCAUUAACAUUGUGCCAUUACAGAUUUUGUCGUACUAUCUGGCUACUGGACGCGGUUUCGAUCCAGACUCUCCUAGAAACUUGGCCAAAUCUGUUACGACUGCUUAAGAGGGGGUUCGCUUUAAUAUGGGGUGGGGCUGGGGUUCAUAGAUCGAUAUUGGACAGUAAGUAGGAUGGUCGUCUGUUAGCAUGAGUGGACACUUGUUGUUACAAACUUCUGGACCAUAUCAAAUAUAUUUUUACCCUUAUUGUCAAGUAUAAAUAAAAUAAUGCUCUAAAGUGUCAGAAUGCAA